AUGAUUACCUUUUAUCGUACUCGGCCUCAUCCUUAUCAGUCCUCUUCGAACACGUUUGAUGAUCUGUACGCCAAGUUCUUGGAGGACAUCGAACGCCUGGACACGUGGGAUGGUCCCAUGAUCGAGGCGUUGCGGGAUCCUCCCAAGCCCCUUGAGAUCCCAGAACAUCCUGCCAACCGCACUGGUGGAAUGAACAUCCUGGAUCUAGCCGCCAAUGUGGAAAAUCGCUCGUCCUCUGAGGGUUCGCAGUUCCCGGAUGCCUUCAUCUUGAGCCGAUUGUCGGGUCCUGAACCUCGCUGCAUGGACCCAUUGGACUUGGAGUUGAACCGACAAGUGCGGCAAAUUCUUCACUCAGGCUGUGCUAUUUGCCCGAAGCAAGAUGAUCUCAGUGAUUGCGGUUUUUGCCUCUCCAUGACAUACUGCAGCCAGGAGCACCUACUGCUGGACCAAGCUUCGCACGAGAAGAUUUGCGGACUCAUUGUUGCUGCUCGCGAGAGAGCCGAAGAAUGGAGAGUGAAGCUCGAGCAAGACCCCAGCCAACCCUUCCGCACAAAAGUUGGAGAGCUACACUUGAUCCCGGGAGCCCAACGCUACUUUGCCGAACUGUCGACCUUGAUCGAACUACACGAGCCCAUCAGACAUCGGUGCGCCGUCGAGAGACAGCUCAUCUUCGCUUUCCACAUCAUGUACAUGAGUGGAAUUGACAGCUAUGGUUACAGAUUCAAGGUCCCCGCCCUGAUGAUGCGCAUCAACAGAGAUCAAGAGUGCUACGACUUCAUGAAAUGGCGCACCAACCAAUCCGAGGAUCCCAACAGCAAGACUGCCCUCGACUACUUGAGCCUCCGAUUCGCAAACCCCACGCUCGUCAAUCCGAUCAUUCCAAACCCCCGCAGAGACUUCGUCGGCUACGAGCAGGAAGAUAUCUUCGAACCAAUCGAUGUCUUCAGUCCCGAAACACCCAUCAUGACACUGAUCCCCUUGUGUCUGGUGAAGAUCCGAUUCCUGGUCGACGUGCAACGACUGCACCUGGCAGUCCGCGCAUUUGGCGACAAGCUCAACGGUGACGUUCUAGACCUUGUGUUGAAGAACAUCCCAUUCACCAAGCAGAUCGCCGAAAAGAAGGAUCUGAUCAAGAGUGCCGUCGCACGCCGUGCGACAAUGAAGGCCUUGAUGGGACAGGUUCUAAAGCUCUACCGCAAGGUCAAGAGCAUGAAUCACUUGGUUUGGAAAGGAAUGGCGUGGUUGAUGCGGGGAGACACUCCAUGGCCGAGUGAGGAUCAUACCUUGGUGGAGGAGAUGGAAGCCCAGGUGAAGAUGAACUGGGAAUCGUGGAUCGAGACUCCCGGGGCGAUCACCCUCCUCCGGGAGAUCAUGACCAAAGCAGGAGAUCUGUGA